UUCCAGCUGAUGUUCCAGCUCAAAUAAACUGUCAGUCAUGUCAGCUGCCACAGCAGCCUCAUCUGCUACUAAAACGCCAAAAAGAAGGUCCAAGGCCAAGAAGUCAGGACUCAGUGUGUCUGAUUUUAUCCUCAAGGUCUUGUCAUCUUCAGAGGAGCGUGGUGGUGGUGUCUCUCUGGUCGCUCUGAAGAAAGCGCUUAUCGGCAAUGGUUAUGAUGUGGUAAGAAACAACUCGCGCAUUAAGCUGGCAGUUAAGCGACUGGUGGCCAGCGGUCGCCUGAUUCAGACCAAAGGCACUGGAGCAUCUGGAUCAUUUAGGAUCGGCUCGAAAGCUGUUACAAAGCCAAAGAAGGCAAAGGCGAAGAGGGCAAAGAGAAAGAUGGUCAAGAAACCUGCCGGGACAAAGAAAUCCCCUAAGAAGAGAAGGAGAAAUGUCGGAAGUCCUGAAAAGGCCAGCGAGACAGCUGCGGUCAAGAAGACCACAAGACCCAAGAGAGCCAAACGAAGAGCUUCCAAAUCAAGCAAAGCAAAAACUGCCUAGAAAUAAUUGAUACCAUGAUAAUGGCUAUUGUUCUUACUUUUUAAGGGAUGUUGCACCCUUUGUAAAAAAAAUAAAACAAUUCUUAAUUAAUGAAA